AUGACUGGUGGCCUGAAGAAGGCUUUUAUGGUGAACAUCACACAGAUAAGCAAGAAAUUUCUCGAAGGAGUUGUUACAACCGUAUUCAUCUUGCUCAUACCUACAUUGUUAUACGGCCGAGCAUUACAGCACCGCAUAGAAGCUGAGGAGCGCGAGCACCCGAUGCAUCAUAAAGAAACCAACAGUAACCUGGAAAAUGCACCUCAGCUGCAGGAAAUGAGGUAUGAGUGCAUGUUAAGCGUUCUGCCGGACACCUUGUAAUGGAGCAAUGAAGUGAUGCCUGUUACGAUAUUUUCACUGAUUCUAUCCAUUUUGUAUUGUAUAAAGUGAUCAAGUGUUUGUAUCUGUUGCUCUCGAC